UUUUUGAUUGGUUUAUCUAUAAACAUCCAGAAUGGGUAGCACGACUGCGUAGGGAAAUUGGAAGGUGGUGACCUUAUUCUAUUGAACAAGGCAGGUCUCGGACGAUAACUUUUUGCUUUUAUAAACAUAAAGUAGUUUCCCAUAAAUAUUAUUUUUCAAACGCUUUAACAGAAACCUUCAGAUUAAGGCCUGAUAUAUAAAGCAUAGUACUUUCAUUUGCACCAUUUCUAUCUUCUUCUCAUUUUUGUUUUGUUUACGGCCAAAAUUAUGAGUGUGGAAGAUCAAUUUCCUAAAACGGAAACCUUCAUGAACAAGGAGUGGCCAUCUUAUAUUUAUGGCAUGGCAACAGGUCCAAAAAUUGAUCCAAUCAUUUGGGGUGCUUUAACUGGGACUGCUUUUCAUGAAAAUGGUAGUGGCAGUGCAAGUAAGUCAUCAUCAUCAUCAUCACCUGACAGUCUGCUUUCAAGUUCCAAUUCUAGUUAUUCUGCAGAGGAGGGUCCUGGAGCCAAUUUGUUGAAAAACAUUCCUGGAUUUAUCAGACAGGAUGUUGGGAAUGAACACAACUCCAGUUUAUUUGCUUCAGUGUUUAGUUCUGUCCACAUGCCUGGAGGUUGUGUUUCUGAUGUCAAAGAUGGGUUUAUUCCAGUGAGCUUUUUAGAAUCCUUUCCAAAACUAAACCAAGUUCAAGUUUCCGAACCACCUUCUCCAUCUUCCAUAUCAGCCACAUCAAAAUUCCCAAAUUUAGCUUUGUUUUUGCAGGAACCCACCAUGUUAGAUCCAUCCACACGAGUCAUUGAUUCCAUUGGCAAAAAGAGUUUGAACCCUCUAUUCGAAAUGCCUCAAGUUGGCCAGAUUCAGUCUCAACCGGGCGAUGAAUGGCUUAGAAUCAACCAGAGUUUGACAAAUUAUCCAUCCAAAGGUUUCAGUGACUAUUGGCUUAGCACUACCAAGACUCAGCCUAUGAAGUACACUGGACGAAGAUUGCAGGAUCAGCACCAAAAGGGUUCUUUAUCAUCAGCUUCAUCACCCGGAAAGCUGUUCAGAGGGGUGAGGCAAAGGCAUUGGGGAAAAUGGGUUGCAGAGAUAAGGCUACCAAGAAAAAGAACAAGGGUUUGGUUAGGGACUUUUGACACCGCCGAAGAAGCUGCUAUCGCAUAUGAUACAGCCGCAUACAUGUUGCGUGGAGAAUAUGCACAUUUGAAUUUUCCAGAUCUUAAACAUCAACUCAAGGCCAAUUCUUUGAAUGGAAAUACAGCUGCACUUCUUGAAGCCAAGUUGCGAGCAAUAUCACAGGGCAUUUCUGCUAACAAGAAAUCCAAUGAUCCAUCUCCAACACCAGUAAAAGUCAAGGAUUUAAACCAAAACAAAGCAAAAAGAGAGUGGCAAUUUGAGGUGGAUAGCAAGGGAGGAUCGGAAGUGAAGGAUAACAAAAAGAAAACUCAGGAGAUUCCAUCAUCAGAUGUGGAUGCUGUACAGUUAAGUAGAAUGCCUUCCUUGGACAUGGAUAUGAUCUGGGAUGCUCUUUUGGUCUCAGAUUUAUGA